AUGUCCGCCCCAAUCCCGAACGACGCAGUCCAUGUGUUGACUCUUCCUGCGCACACUCUCAUCAGACUUGACGGCCCUUCUGGUCCCCGUGCCAUUCAAGAGUUGAACGAGAAUGAACACGUGGAUUACGCAUAUAUCCUUCCUCGAAGAGAGAUAGCGUGCAUCACGGUUGUCAGUCUCAUGUCCAAUGGUUCGAUGGCACCCAGACUCGUAGAGCUCGGUAGGUACGCGACAUCCACUUCGCUUCGACUCGAGCUUGUAGAAAAGGUCAUCACCCCUCAUGCGAAAGUGGCCGAGAAGAAUACACUCCGUCUGGACUUUGCCUCGUAUGUCAGGGAGAUGGAAAUUGAGACGCCGGAGCUGGUGAGCACUUUUGAUGAUAUCGUCAAACGGUUUGUUCUCAAGAGGAGCGACGAUGACCCUGGUUUUAUCAUUACUUGGGCGUAUUUCAUUGCGUCCCAGCUGUUGAAAUGGGUCAAGGAAGUGCACGAAUCGGUGACGGAGCUGUCCGCGCUACCCAAUCUUCACCGAGACAGUUUCAUAGGUUUAUAUCCUGUCAACUCUCUUCGGGUGGGAGGGUUUAUCUAUGACCCUUACGCCAAUAUUAUCACUCCCAUUUUGCUGGUUUCCCCACAGAAGGCGAUAUGCAAGGAUACGAAUCGCCACCCCGGAUUCUAG